ACGAAUGACGAGGUUGAGCACACCGACGGCAUCCUGUUGUUGUUUUUCACCUUUUCCAGACGCCAUCCGGGAUAUUCUGACACGCCACGUGGGUGCAAGCUUUCCGUACCUCCGCAUGGGAGCACCUUGAUGGGCCCGCCAGGUCUUUUAGGGCUUUCCUGCUGAUGAUGCUGCUGCACGAAUGACCUGUUGUUUGGAGCUGCUGCUCGUGUGUGGAUUGCUUGGUUUUCUUCUUGGAUAAAUAUUCACCUUGACUUGGAUGCAAAGGCAAUCCCUGGAUGAGAACGCCGAGGUGACGAGGAGACUGGAAUAAACGUCAAACACUGCCCGUGUGUGUGUGUGUGUGUGUGUGUGUGUGUGUGUGUGUGUGUGCGUGUGUGUGUGUGUGUGUUGGAAUUAAAUCCACGCGAUGAUUCAGUGUGCAAAUUGCGAAAAGCCAAUUCUAGACCGGUUCUUGCUGAAAGUUCUGGACCGACCUUGGCACAUUCAGUGCGUGCAAUGCUGCGACUGCAAAUGCACGUUGACAGAAAAGUGCUUUUCCCGGGAAGGAAGACUCUACUGCAAGAAUGACUUCUUUAGGAGGUUCGGGACCAAGUGUGGAGGAUGCUCCCAGGGGAUUCUCCCCAGCGAUCUUGUCCGCAGAGCCAAGAGCAAAGUGUUCCACCUCAACUGCUUCACUUGCGUCAUGUGCAACAAGCAGCUGUCCACCGGAGAGGAGCUUUACAUCCUGGACGAAUUCAAGUUCGUUUGCAAGGAGGACUACCACAACAGCAGCAACGCCAAGGACGCCAUCCACCUCUCAGUGACAACAUGCAGCGAGCCCAGUUUGUCUCCGGACUCGCAGGACCUGCAGCAGGACGACGGCAAGGACUCGGAACCGGGCCAUUUGUCGGAUAAAGACGUGUGCCCCAACGAGAACGACGAGCAGGGCGCCGUGGGGAAGAGACGCGGCCCUCGGACCACCAUCAAGGCCAAGCAGCUGGAGACCCUGAAAGCGGCUUUUGCGGCCACACCGAAGCCCACGAGACACAUCAGGGAGCAGCUGUCGCGGGAGACCGGUCUCAACAUGAGGGUCAUCCAGGUGUGGUUCCAAAACCGGAGGUCCAAAGAGAGGCGCAUGAAGCAGCUGAGUGCCCUGAGUGCCAGGAGACACAUGUUCUUUCGCAGCCCCAGAAGGAUGAGGUCUUUGGGGGAGAGGAUGGACACUCCAGAGCUUGGACAUUUCUCCUACUAUGGAGAUUAUCCUCCUGAAUACUACGGCCAAGGCGGGAAUUACGAGUACUUCCAAGGCCCGCCGUCAUCCCAGGCUCAGACACCAGCAGACUUGGGAUUCGUGCCCUCCGCCGUCCCCGCUGGCACCCCACUGGGGGCCAUCGAGCACCGCCACCCCGGGCACCACUGUCCGGGAGAGGUGCAGUGUUUCCCCGACCCGGUAGUCCACCAUCCCAUGAACUCGCCCAGUCCGGAGCCCAGCGGACCGGGCUCAAUGCACAGCAUCUCCAGUGAGAUGUGUGGGCCCGGCACCCCUUUCACCGCCGUCACCCUCGGCGAUAACGGAUACACCAACCAGCUGUCGCAGCCCUCGUCAGAGGUGAGCGAAGGAACUGUGUGGUAAAGACUAGCAUUUUCAAGGCAAAUCAGUAUUUAUUUCAUUGAUUGAUUGAUUUUAAUGUAUUUGUUUCUAUUUAAUGAACACGUACAUCUCUGUACAUGAAUGUGAUUGUCUGCAGGUGAUUGUAUUCAAAAUGGGACCUCACUGAUGGAGCAAUAAACGUACAUACAGACAUGCACUGGAAUGGUUGACUUUUUGGGGGUUUAGGGACCUCUCCAAAAAAUCAUUCUACAAUAAUAUGUAGGAUAUGCAUGUACACAUUUUUCAAAUUUAAAUCACCUUUCAGUAUUGAAAAAAACCAUCUCCAGACAAUGGUGAAGGUUUUAGAUUAUGAUUGUCACGUUCAUCGCAUUUGACCAAAAAGCUCUCUCAGGACUGUGAAGUUCUUUUUUUUCCCCAUUCUUCAUUCUGUGUGAAAACCUUCAAAAAGGAUUCAUGAAGUGUAUAUUUGGGGAAUAACGCUUUUAUAUACAGAAUGAUUGGGCUUUAAAGGAAAAGUGCACUUUUGGGGGGAAUGUCGCCCAUCACCCACAAUCCUUAUGUGGGACGUGAACACAUGUAUUUCUCUUUUCUGUGCAUUCUAAAGAUAUAAAAACGGGUAAAAAGAGGCAGGUAAUGAAUGCACGUCAUGUGACACACCUAUUGCGCCUAUGAAAACAUCUCCAACGUUACACCUAGUGUCAAAAACAAAAACACAGCAGCAGCGGCGGCAGCGCCACUAUGUAGCGUCACCUUUAGCUCAUGUGUGGUGAAGCUAGUCGCUAGCCGGCUAGUAGCUCGCCGCUGUGGCGUGGCGAGGUGUCACUGCGCCAGAAAGGUAGUUGUUGGGUGUAACAAUGUUUAUAACAAUAUGUACGUAUAUGUAUGCAUUCUGUACCGUAUUUUCCGGACUACAAGUCACACCUUUUUUCAUGGUUUGGCUGGGCCUGAGACUUGUACUCUGAAGCGACUUAUAUAUAUUUUUUUCACACUGACAGCCACGAGCGGACGCUGUAGGCUUGUGUGCCAGUUUCUGCUACUCCUAUCACUCCCGUACCACCGAAAAUGUACAAGGUAAACACCAGCUUAUAAAGACAAGUGAGAAAGAUCCUAGCGUGCAGAUUGCAAGUGCAAAUAAACUUGUGAUGUUGUUUAGGCUGAAUAACUAUAAUCUGAAUAAGUGUUACGUUAGCAGACGCCUAUUUAGCCUGUUCGCCAUGUUAUUGUUAUUAUUAUAACCUGCCUUUCAAGAUGAAAUGUCUGUUCUUAGGCUCUGAUUUUAUCAAAGACAUUUCCCCCCCAAAAUGUGACUUAUAGCCCAGUACGACUUACAUAUGUUUUCAACUUCUUCAUUGUGCAUUUUUGGCUGGUGCCACUCACACUCCAGAGAGACUUGUAGUCCAGAAAAUACGGUAAAAGGAGCGUUGCUUCAGAAGGCUUUACAGGCGGAAUAGGUGCGUCCCGUUACGUGCAUUCUUAGCUGCCUCUUUUUAGCUGUUUUUAUAUCUUUAGGACACACAGGAUGUGGAUGACCCCCCCCAAAAAGUGAACUUUUCCUUUAAGAAGAUGAGUUACUUUCAAUCUCAGUGUAUAAACGCUCAUGGAGAAGAAGAAAGCGAUUCAGAGGGAAAGUGUUAGAGCUGUGUUUUGUGUGUUGGCUUGCAGUGCUAGCUUGUAACUGGAAACACACACACACACACACGCACACACGCGCACACACACACACACACACACACAGCUGCCAAAUGGCUAAUUGUGUGAUUGUUGCGUCUGUGAUGUGGAGAUGCUUGUUGGAGAUAAGAUAAGGUGAUGUUGUUGACCAUUCACUGUACGAUGAAUAAAAUCCCAAUGAUUGUUAUUUGUACAAAUUCACUUUCCUCUUCAUUCAUUCCUUCAUUCAUUCAUUCAUUCAUCUGGUAAAGGUCAAUGUCAACAUGUUUGGAAGCUAGUUUUGUAUGUUUUGUUGUGUUAUUAUUAAAACUAAGUCAAAUAAAACCCACGUGGACACAAAAGAAAUAUUCUCUUCGCAAAGCCUAAAAUGAUUUGACGACGCCGCAGCUUGGAAAAAAAGAAAAGAAAGCUUUGCUUUGCUUGAUUAAAAAUGUCAGCGCCAGGCGCGGCUGCGGCGCUCAUGCACAAUUUAUGUUUGCCGGCCUGCUAUUUUUCUACCGGAGCGCGAGCCCGAAUGU